CAAUGUAUAAACUGAUUUUCAAUACAUUGGUCUACUUCUUUUCCUCUCAUCCUGGGAAUGCUACAAUGAAGAAUUCCGACUGCCUCGCGUCAUCUAUAGCCGUGAUGAAGUACACUGGGGUUUGGAUGCCAGACGACCUUUCGCACGGCCAGAGAAUGGCCUACAUGGUGUUUAGAUGCGUCACGCAAACUGUCAUAUUCUUCUUCAUCAUUCUGGCUGAGAUCGCCUAUGUGUAUAAGCAUCGGAACGACUCCGAGCGUAUGGUAGACGCGGCAGUGUUGCUGAUGUCACAUCUCGUGCAAGCCGUCAAGCUGAUGACUAUCAUCGUCCGUCAGGAAAGGAUCAAGCGUCUCAUUGCCAUGGGAGACGGCCCAGCCUUCACCCACACGGAGCCGAAAGUGAAAGCGCAGCUCCAGCGAGCGGUGAAGCUGACCGGCCUGAUCGGCAACCUGUUGUUGUGGUCGGCCGGUACCACCGCCGUGUUCUGGUUCGUGGUGCCGGCGCUAAAAGAUGUGUUGACGCUGCCGCUGAAGAUAACGUUCCCUUUCGACAUUAGUGGGCAGUACAUUUUCGCAGUGAUGUAUGUGUACACCUCACUGAGCGUGCUGGCGUGCGGGGUGGGCGACGCCGCCGAGAACUUUCUCGUCUCCGGAGUACUGACGCUGGCCUCCACCCAAGUCGGCUUGUUGCAUGAACAGCUGUUGGAUCUCAAAGCUGAUGGUAAAGAUGGCUGUUACAAAAAUGCGGUGCUCUGCGUUAAGUUCCAUCAACGAAUCAUUGAGUACGUUGAAGAGAUCGCCAAGAUAUUCGGCUUGCCGAUAUUCUGCCAGUGCGUCACGAGCAGCAUAGUCGUUUGUAUGACUGUUUAUAAAAUAACAAUUACACAUGAGCCAGUAGAGAUGGUCACAAUGAUAUUCUACUUGAUGUGCGUUAUGAUGGAGUUGCUGAUGUAUUGCUACCCUGCCGAUGUACUUUUGAAUAAGAGUUUGCAAGUAUCAGACGCAGCGUACCCCGAAUGGUCGGGCAACAUUAAAACGGCUGAGGUGCUGCUGCUAACUGCGCUGCGCGCUCAACGAGCCUUGGUUGUCAAUGCGGGAGGCAUGUUCAAGAUCUCUCUACCUACUGCGGCCGCUGUAGUGCAAACUUCGUACACGUACUACGCGCUAUUACAACAAAAGCUCAAUAAGGAAUAAAUUAGA